AUGCAAAUGCGGACUGGUGUGGGGCAGGACAUUCUUCAUUUAUUCGUCGGACUGAAGGUCCAUGGUUUGAAGAAGGUUAAGGUUGAGGUUGAGGAUGUUGAGGACGUGCUUCACCCAAUCUCCUGUGUGUCUAUUGGGAUUGUUUGGUCUGUCUGGGAUGCUAGUUGUAGGCUUAAUGGGGUUGCUGGGUCUUCUUUGACCUGGUCUUGGGCUAGGUUGAGGGUUGUUAUUUCUAAUUCAGCUUCUUGCGCUUUAAGCACAUUCUUCUUUUUCCCGAUGGACCUCUUUUUCCAGAGUGUGUCUUCGAGGGAUGUUGGACUGGGGACAGAUGACUCUUCAUUUAUUCCAGGGACCCAUGGUCUCAUGUUUAGAGCAUUAAGUCCUUAA